AUGUGUCUUAAAGCAGAGUCGGCACAAAUGGAUGCAUUCAAAUGUAUCGCUCCGUCGGUCUUCUACUACGAUACGAACCAUUGGGGUUGGGAUGAGGCGCGACAGAUGUGCUCUCAGAAAUUUGACGCCAUAUAUGAGGCAGACUUAAUGCAAUUGACCGACGCGUCCAAGAGUGCCGCUCAGUCCAUGAUGGAUCAUCUCUUUCAAAAGGGACUCAUCGCAUCGGGAGAGAGCAAAUACGCCACAAGCGGUGUGUGUUGUAUGAGAAAACUGGCCAAUAAUAAUUACGGGUCAUUGUGUCAAUGGUUGCCAUCAGGCGAACCCAUUGACGGCCUAACUUCUUCGGGUCAAUGCACUAUACAUACCGUUAAAUAUGACACCCAAACCAAAGUCUUCAGUAACGACGAUGGGUUUCAAAAAGUAGAAGAUAAACCAUUUGACGGCCAUUUAUGCGCUUUUACUGCACCAAAGGUUUGUAGGGCAACGCAACCGCCACCGCCAUCGCCCACAUCAUUCCCAAGCGAUACGACGACCGCCACAUCGAGUGACCCGUCAGUCAUUCCGACCCACUCUCCGGACGAAGUGAAGAAAGGUUUGGACGAAUUGGAUGAACGGCUCAAACAUUUGGAUCUAAACGUAGAUCAGUUGCUCGACUGCUCCGAGAAGUUGACCGAUAUCUUAAAAGGCGGUUCACUCGUAACGGACGCGUCGUUAAAUCAGACGUUGAAUAUAAUCGACACUUUGCAGCAAAGGGUACCCAAAAAGACUAAAGACCCCAAACAUCUGCGGACAUUCACCGAACACGUGGUUCAGAGUUGCAGCGAUGUGUUGGAGAGCGAACGGGCGUGGGAUAAGAUUGACCAUGAUCAGAGUUGCAGCGAUGUGUUGGAGAGCGAACGGGCGUGGGAUAAGAUUGACCAUGAUCAGGUCAAAGCUAAUUUCAGCUCAAAUAUACUGCAUUUCAUGCAAAGGAGUUCAUUCGCGUUGGGCUGUCGGGAGCCGUCCAACACCACUAACUCCUCGCACGAGGCCAUACAUAAAGACAAUAUUGUGGUCCAAACGUUUACAAUGGAUUACAGCAAAGAGACCACUUUUUUGGUCAAACACAUGGCCUCAUCCAUCAAAUUGCCUGCCGGUAUACCGGAGCCGCUGCGCGAUCCGGAGUGCAUUCCUGGGACGGCUGUCGGCGCUGUAAUCGACAAGUUGUCCCGAUAUUUGUCCGUCAACUUUGCCGACAAACACGAACUCAACUCAGAUAUCGUGGCAUUCAGUGUCGCCAACAAUCAAAACUCGACACAACUUCCGGCAAACGUCUCCCCCGUUGUCAUUACAGUAAAACACAAUAAUUUGCUAACAUUUGGCGAUAAAGUGCAGUGCGUUUACUGGGAUUUCCAGCAAAUGAAAUGGUCGUCGAGUGGGUGUCAGUUCCGAGUUGAGGGCUCCGACCGGAAAGUGUCUGUCUGUGAAUGCAAUCAUUUGACAAACUUUGCGGCUCUAAUGGAUGUGAGCGGAAGAGAGGCCAACACUAAAGUGAAAGACAUUUUGACGAAAGUGUGUUGCGGUCUGUCUAUCAUUUGUCUCGUAUUAACCAUUGGUUUCUUAACAUUGGUUCNUUUGACGAAAGUGUGUUGCGGUCUGUCUAUCAUUUGUCUCGUAUUAACCAUUGGUUUCUUAACAUUGGUUCGAGUGCUUAGAAAUCGGCGAAACAAUAUUACCUGUAAUUUGUGUUUUUGCCUCCUUGUUGUCAAUCUGCUGGUUGUGUUUGGAAUGGACGCUACUUUCAACAGUAUCUUAUGUGAAUCGGUUGCCGUACUCUUACUGUACUUUCUAUUGGCAUCGUUUGCGUGGAUGUUAAUGGAAGGCUACCACUUGUAUCAGAUGAUUAUCCUUGUCUUCAGUAAUGUCGGGCACUUAAGGCUUAUAUACUUAUAUAUCAUCGGUUACGGAGUGCCGGUUGUCAUCACUUUGAGCGCACUUUUAGGCUUUGGAUUUGAUUUCAUUACAGAAGACGACUCUUAUUUUUGUUGGAUAUCUUCGCCAACACACCCGUACCGCGUGUGGGCUGUGGCCGCUCCGGCACUGCUCUCCACUUUGGCCAACGCAGUGAUCAUGUGUUUGGCUCUGAAGGAAGCGUUUUCAGCAAAAGUCAAGAAGAAGAUAAUCCAAGAGAAAGACAUAUCGGCCACGACCUCAACGUCACAGAUCAGUUCAAUCGCCACUCAAAUCGCGCAGAGUUUGUCGUGGAUUAAGGGCUCGGCAUCUCUGGUAGUGGUGUUGGGCAUAACGUGGAUUACUUUCCUAUUUUACAUCCACGAGUUUGGCGAAUGGUUUUCCUAUAUAUUUAUUGUAUUCAAUGGAUUGCAG